AUGACGGGCUCCUGGUUCCAAAAGCAGUUCUCCCUGCCCGCCCGCUCGCGCGGCUCCUACCUCAUCACGGACGAGAUCGUCGGCGCCCUCCCGGAGCUCAAGAAUUAUAAAGUCGGCAUCCUUCACCUGUUUGUCCAGCACACGAGCUGCGCCCUCAGCCUCAACGAGAACUGGGACGACGACGUCCGCGCCGACAUGAGCGAUGCGCUGGACCGCAUCGCGCCCGAGGCCGGGCCCAAGGGCCAGGAGCUGUACCGCCACAGUGCUGAGGGUCCCGACGACAUGCCGGCGAGUUUUUCUUUUCUGUCUCUCUCUCGAGAUGCUCACAUCAAGAGCGCUCUCGUUGGCGCGAGUGUUACUAUCCCGAUCAAGGAUGGCAAGUUGGCCACCGGAACUUGGCAAGGAAUCUGGUACCUGGAGUUCAGGGCUAGCAAGCACCAGCGCCGCCUCGUGGCCACCAUCCAGGGAGAGCCCAAGGCGUGA